GCUACAGACAAAACUAGUAUAUUGCUGUGCCUGCCAGGAAGUGUCAGCUUUUAACCUGGCGGGUGAUGGACUGUUUAGACAUUUACUACUUGGGCGGUGGGGAGGGGAUGCAAAAUGCGUGAUGCCCAGGAGAAUCCUAAAUAUAUUUACUCAGGGUUAGUUUGUACGAGAUACCCACCAGCAUACGCAAUAAAAAAGAUGGGAUCAUGCCAAGAGUGCACCUGCCCUAAGAGUGCACCUGCCAGCAUGGUGUAGUGGUUAGAGUGCUGGACUAGGACCAGGGAGACCCGAGUUCAAAUCCCCAUUCAGCCAUGAAACUAGCUGGGUGACUCUGGGCCAGUCACUUCUCUCUCAGCCUAACCUACUUCACAGGGUUGUUGUGAAAGAGAAACUCAAGUAUGUAGUACACCACUCUGGGCUCCUUGGAGGAAGAGCGGGAUAUAAAUGUAAUAAUAAUAAUAAUAAUAAUGUCACUGAAGGAUCUCCCGAAUUGAUGUCCCUUUACAUGUCACUUUAUUGUGUGGGUGGGCUGUUCAUCUGACUCAUUGCUCUACAGGUGCUACACACUUGUUUAAACAGGUAUUGAGAACAUGUGUAGAGGGGCAAUUCAAAUGAACUGUUCCCUCAUGCAAUAAAGGGAUGUGCCAAGAGCACGUCGGGAUGUCCUCUGCCAACAUCACAGCAGGCACUUUCUGGGUUUGAUGGCGUACUUCUCAUUUCUGCCAACGGGCAUCUCUUCCGAACCAACUCUCAGGCUCCAAAUCAAAUCUUACUGAGUUCAAUGGAACGGUGCUAUAAAGGGAAAGCUACAAGAACUGGGAGCAUAUGUUGAUGAAGAGCUUCCCGAUUAUAUCAUGGUCAUGGUGGCCAACAAGAAGAGCCAGGAGCAGAUGACGGAGGAUCUUUCCCUCUUUCUAGGGAACAAUACUGUGAGAUUUACUGUAUGGCUUCAUGGUGUGUUAGAUAAACUUCGGUCUGUAACCACAGAGCCUUCUGGUCUAAAAUCUUCUGAAUCUAGCAUCUUUGAGAGCAGUCUGCCUUCUGGUAAAAGUGUGUCAGAUGGGAAUGAAGAGAGAAAAGGGGAAGAAAUCAUCAUACAGCCUCUUACAGUCUCAAGUUCUCGGCCUGAAAGGACUGACUCCAGAGUCUCAACUAGCUCCCAGGAACAGAGAGCUGCUGCUGCUGCAGCCCGGCAGCCUUGCCACGAUGCCUCCCCAUCCCUCUUGAUGUCCACUGUGAAACCUCUCCGGGAGCUGUCCUCUUUGGAAGCUGUGAUUGACAUUAAGCCUGAACCAGACGAUCUCAUUGAUGAAGACCUCAACUUUGUACAGGAGAAUCGGCUGCCCCGGAAGAAACCCCUCGUAACAGUGACUUACAGCUCUUCCCGCCCGUCUGUGGAAAUCUACCGCCCGCCUGCCAGUCGAAGCGCUGAAGGCAGCAGCAUGCUCUUGCAGAGGCUGCCCCAGCAGAGCAGCCUACAGACAGGCAAGCAGCUUGAGAUUCAGGGCGGCCGGUCACUGGAACCCGUCCAGCUUUGCGAUCCAGAAGUGUUUGGCACCUUGGCUGAGAGUUACAGGCUCCCUUCCAAAGCGAACACUGAUAAAAUUAGCAGUGAGGAAGAAAAUGCCAGGAAGAGAAAGCUGUCAGUUGUAAGCUCAGUAGUUAAAGUGAAGCGAUUCAGUAAUGAUGGAGGAGAGGAGGAGGAGGAAGAGGAGGAAGAUUAUGGACUACGGCUGGGAGGCAUCUCCAGCAGUGUGUCUGUGCCUGCAAAACCUGAAAGAAGGCCUUCGCUGCCCCCUUCCAAGCAGGCCAAUAAGAAUUUAAUCUUGAAAGCUAUAUCUGAAGCUCAGGAAUCGGUUACAAAGACAACCAAUUAUGCUACAGUCCCACCGAAGCAGACGGUACCUGUGGCUCCCAGGACGCGAACGUCCCAUGAGGAGGCUCCCCUGGAAGUCAUUCAUGUCCAGAGCCGGCCGUCCAGAGUCAACUCCCAGAUGCUGGAAGAAGAACCAAAGGAGCAAGCAUUGGGGAGAGUGCCAGCAACUCAACAAAGACAACCCUUUUCCUGUCUCCAGAAUGAACCAGGCAUCGAGGAAACGUUGCAAAAAACCCAAGAUUUCUAUGACUUGGAAUCAGUGGUCCACACAGACACCAGAUCAUUUAUCCUGAAGAAGCCUAAGUUGUCUGAGGAGGUUAUCGCACCCCAGAACCUGGAAGUGGGGAAGAGGGCCACGGAGGCCUUGCAAGCUCUUUCAGGACGACUUAUACAGACACGGGACCAGCUUGUGCAGCCGGAGAAGCCUGCCAGUCCCAAGUUCAUCGUUACCUUGGAUGGAGUCCCCAGUCCCCCAGGAUAUUUGUCUGAUCAAGAAGAGGAAGAGAUGAGCCUCAUGGAAGGAGUCAGGCCGGUUCCUCCCAAAGCAUCCGCCAGCAAGGGAUUAAGAAGCCUUCGUGCACAACAGAUGCACAUUAUAGCCAGACAACUGGAGAGCACUGAUGUUGAAAUGGAGGAGGCAGGCGUCCUACAGAAAGCUGAGAGAGCACCUGAGCGUUGCAAGUACUGGCCCGCCUGCAAAAAUGGAGACGAAUGUGCCUUCCAUCAUCCCACGCUGCCAUGCAAAGUCUUUCCCAAUUGCAAAUUUGCGGACAAGUGCUUGUUCAUCCAUCCAAACUGUAAAUAUGACGCCAAGUGCACCAAGCCAGACUGCCCUUACACCCAUGCCAGCCGGCGGACCCCAGUGCCACCUCCGAAGCCAGCCCCACCCCCUGUACCACCAGCGACUUCUACUAGCCAGCUCUGCCGUUUUUUCCCUGCUUGUAAGAAAAUGGAAUGCCCUUUUUACCACCCCAAACAUUGUCGGUUUAACACUCAGUGUACUAGAGCAGACUGCACCUUCUACCACCCUACGGUUUCUGUACCACCACGUCAUGCCUUGAAAUGGACCCGAACUCAAACUAGUGAAUAAUAAUCAUGCUAGCCGUUUAUUUAAACAUUCACUGUUGUACCAUGAAGGAAGAACAGUUACUGUGGUGUAAGAAGAUGCUGUAACAGUUACAUUGCAAAUGCCAGGCCUUUCUUAUAUAUUGUUUAAUAAAAUGAAGUUGAUUGCAUACUUGAAAUGUAUAAUUUUCAAAACUUGUAUAUUUAAUAACUGGUUUUACAUAUUUUUUACUGAAAAGAGAUAUCUGUGUAGGGAAGAGGAUUUUGCUGUAACCUUAAUUAAAAUAUCAAGGCAUGGAUUUUAUCUUA